GGGAUAAAGCUUUUCUCAUAUCUGAAAUUGAAAAAGCACAAACAAAUUAGUGGUAAUAUCAACUUGGCGUAAAAACUCUAUUAGGCACCUUAUUUUAGAUGGAAUGGAAGUACCCACCUAAGCCAUCCUCCUCCCCUGAGUAAUAACGCAACACCCGUCUGUAUAUUACAUAGCCAAGCUGCAGGUAGAAAAGAAGCACAGAAUGAUUAGAAUCACAACUCCGCCGCAGUCUACUGGCUAAGCUUAAAGAUGAACAAAACACUAAGACGACUUACCUUCUCAUACAUCUUUAUGGCUGGUGUAUUUGACGCUCUUACGAAAAGGUCCACAAAGUAACCCUUGUCUCUGCAACAAAAGGAGUUUAGCUCAAUGAAACUUCUCAAAGAGACAGUUAAGUUGCCAUAUAGUUACACUGUGACUCUAGGAUGGAGCUUUCUCAUUUAAACAUAAUAAGUUACCUAAUAACUGGACGAGCACAAGCAGCAGAUUGAUAAGCAAUCACAAAAUUGACAGAUUUCAACCCUUAUGCAUUUAGAUGUGAAACCAGAUUUAAAGCUCAAAUGCUGUUGAAAGGAGGAGACAAAGGAAAAUCCAUAUGGACCUAAACUUGUUCCCGUUUACAACCAAGAAUUCAGAACAUAAUGGAAGAAAUAAGGAACAUCGUAAAUACCGGCAGAUUUUGUAAAAUUCAAAUGAGGUAACAACCAAUAGAGAAAUAUUUAAACGAGCUGUUACUUCUGUUAAUGGACCAAGUUAAAAAGAAGCAACAAACCAUCCAGAAGCUAAGUAGAAAUGUAAAUAUGAAAGCUUAGCCAUCAGGAAGGUACUUAAUUUUUAUUAGGAUGUCAGUGAUUGAAACUAAGAGCACCAAAUUACCGAAACAUUUCUUUAAACAUUAUCCAAUGACAUUUUCUUAAACUGUACAUCAUUCAUGACACACAGUAUGCCUAUCAUCAAACAGAAUAUAGUAACUGUGAAAACUCAGAUCUAAAAAAAUUCGAGAACAGGCCUAUGUUUUAAGCAAUACAUCAAAUCCAAAUCAGUUUCUCCUCCAUAGUCAUUCUUCAAGAACCACCAUCGAUUUCAGCAUGAUAACUCACUUUCAGAGUAGAAAAAUUCUAUUUAGCAUUCAAAUGGCCACGGGAAACAAUGAUGAUAAUUGCAUAAGGAUUGAUUAAGGAACAUGGUAUCGUCUUACAUCUUAUCACUAAUCUCCUCCAAUAAGUUCAUAAGUUUCUUGGCCAAUUGUUGCCUGCGAUAUUCAGGAGCCACAGUCACUGCUGUGACAUGACCAUGCCAUGAUUCGCCCUGACCUUCAACUUUCCCCAUAACUGCAAGAAGUUCAUAGUAUCACACAGCACCGCCAAUAUACUUAGAGAUAAGCAACACAAGUUGAAACUAAAAAACAGGCAGGAAAAAGAAAGGGAGAGAAAAACAACACAUCAAGAGAACUCGUAUUGACAAAAAUGGUACCAUGCCUAGGGAGCAUAAAAAGUUCCAGCAUAAUCUGUAUAGUACUCUUAUUAUUCUAAGAAAGAAAUCAUCAUUAAAUUGCCUCCCAGGGCCAUAUCAAUCCUUCAAAUUUUAUACUUUCAGUAGACCUUUUCAACUGAUCGCUCUACAGCUUUUGGAUUCCAUAUAUUUUAAGAUUGAGAUUCAUAUUAAAAUAAAAGGUGCUGGAAUCCAUUUUCGGGUUCUCAAUUUUCCUACAUCCAUAAACCCUUAUUUGGUAGAAAAACAGUACAAAAACUUUCUUUUAAACAGACCAGCAACAAGCAAUACCUAAGGUUUGUCUGAAUUCUAGAAUGAGCUCCAUUUUUCCUUGUAUUGUAACUAGUUUGUAGCCUUGUUUACAAAGCUUAGAUAUUAACAACUUCGGUUCAAAUUUUUAUCUUUUCCACGUUUGUUAAGCACUAAAUUGCAGUAGAUUUGAUAUACACUUAAAGAGCUUGAUGAGGAUACACAAAAUAACCACAUUUAUUUUCAAAUAAUAAAACCUUUACUUACUUACAGUCAUCCAUUCCGCAUCCUAAGUUCAAAAUUAGACCUAAGUAGCAUUCAUUUUAGCCCAGCUAAUAGCUUUCUCGAAAAUUACGGAGAAGUAAGAGCAAAGUUUAAAUUAAUUCAUUAGAAGAGUAAGCCGCUUUUCAAAUCAGUUACCCUAUCAUCUAAGCCCAAUAAGUUAAAAAAAACGGGAGCUUACUGUAUCCCAUGAUUCGGUUCCCAGGAGCCUCUGCCACGUGAAAAUAGUCCGGCCACCUUGCAAGGUACGUCAUGUAGAACGACAUGUUGAACUGAAUCCAAAUGCAAGUCAAAAUUAAUUCAUGAAAUUCAGACACACUGAAGCUCAAUUGUUGGAUAAAAACUUACGGUUUCAGUUAGAUGGUCAAGAUUCACGGAGGCGAAACGAAGUAAAUCGUUGCAGCAAAAUCUUCUGAUUGUAGUCAUCUCUGUUGGCUGUUUAUUCUCUUUAAUUUGCUCUCGCCGGUGUCGUCCGCCGGUGCACUGAAUAGUUAAAAUAAGGUCCGAUUAGGGAAGGAAGAGAAAUUGUUGUGAUUUAUUUACAGUUUUGAAAGGACCUCAAUUGUAAGCCGGUUUAUUUGCCCCUUUUAGGCUAUUAUAAAGAGACGACGCCGUAUGGUGUAGUACCAUAAUAAUUUAGUGAGUAAACUGGGUAUUUCUAGACUUUUCCUUACCGCGCUGCCGUCCGUCGCGAAGGACAAAGAAGGGCGGCGCCGUUGUAAAUCUAGGUUUUCCGUUGGGUAUUAGCUGUAUCCUUCGUCUUCAUUGGUGUUGAUUUUUGAGUUUAGAAGCUGAUUUCGGGAAAUCAUGGACAUACUGAAGCAAGAAUUAUUGAAGAAACGUCAAAGUUUAGCCGAAGAAACCGGAGGGAAGAAGUUCUUCAAGCGUUCCGAAAUCGAACAGAAACGUCUUCAGAAAUUACGGGAGGAAGAGAAGCGGGAAGCUGAGGCUAAAGCCCUUCGCCAGAAACAACUCAAGGAGCAGAGUGAUGGCUCUAAUUCAACCUCAAACUCCAAGUCCGAUGCUUCCAAAUCUAAAAUUGAAUCAGCUUCCUCGUCCUCCAAAACCCUAACGGAUGAGCAGAAAAUCGACGGGCUGAAUCUGCCGAAACAGGAGGUUAUCCGCCGACUCCGUUUUCUCAAACAGCCUAUAACCCUCUUCGGGGAAGAUGAUGAGGCGCGGCUCGAUCGGUUGAGGUUCGUGCUGAAAGCAGGUCUCUUUGAAGUUGAUGAUAGCGAUAUGACGGAGGGGCAGACCAACGAUUUCCUGCGUGACAUUGUGGAAUUAAAGAAGCGUCAGAAGACGGGAAUUAUGAGUGAUAGAAAAAGGAAGGCGAAGGAGGAAGCCAAUGAGGAUAAGGAAGGAAGUGGCGAUGAUGAUGAUUUGAGUGGGGAUGGAGCUUCUUCUGGGGUAGACCAUGAUAAGGAUUUGAAGAGGAUGAAAACGAAUUUCGAAGAGCUGUGCGAAGAGGAUAAGAUUCUGGUGUUUUUCAAGAAGUUGUUGAAUGAGUGGAAUCAGGAGCUUGAUGAGAUGACUGAUGUUGAGAAGAGGACUGCUAAGGGGAAAUCCAUGGUUGCCACUUUUAAGCAGUGUGCUCGGUACUUGCAUCCUUUGUUCAAGUUCUGCAGAAAGAAGGUUCUUCCUGAUGAUAUUCGACAAGCUUUGAUGUUGGUUGUUGACUGCUGUAUGAAGCGAGACUACUUAGCUGCAAUGGAUCACUACAUUAAGAUGGCUAUUGGAAAUGCACCCUGGCCUAUUGGUGUUACUAUGGUUGGUAUCCAUGAACGUUCAGCACGUGAGAAGAUUUAUACCAAUAGUGUGGCCCAUAUUAUGAAUGAUGAAACAACUCGCAAGUAUUUGCAAUCCGUUAAACGAUUAAUGACAUUCUGUCAACGGCGAUAUCCCACAAUGCCUUCCAAAGCUGUCGAGUUCAAUAGUUUGGCGAAUGGUAGUGAUCUGCAGUCUCUUCUGGCUGAGGAAAGGUCAUCAUCUCAUGGAAACCAAGCCCCAGAGGAACGGCUUCGAUUGAUGCCUGCUCCAAAGGAAUAGCCUUAGGAUCUUUUUGAACUUGCCAAUUUCCAUGUCAAUGGCAAAAUGUAACAUUGUGUUAGUACACUUCUGUUAAACAGUAUCAUUUGUUCCAUGGUUGACGUUCUUGUACUGUAACUGAGGUCUUCGGUAAAAGCAUUUCACUUUUAACAUUUGCAGAAUGUCUGCUGUGGCUUUUCUUUGAAUACUCAUUCCCUCCCAAAAUAAUGAUUUCAUAUUAACAAAAAUGAUACUCCUU